UCACCGGCGGAUGACAUGGCUAGCUGUAGGAGCGUUUGCCUGGUGACGACACACACCACCCUGUUUCCAUUUAGGUUAUAAGCCCCCCCCCCUACUCAUCCAUCUCAACGUUGAGAAGUUUGUAUAUCUCUACUAGUCUGCGUUUUCAUACACUACUCAGACUUCAACAUGCAGCUAAAAACACUCCUUUGGGCUGUCAUCAGCCUUACAAUAAGCGUUAAUGCUUACUGGCUCGAAGACAUCAAACACCAAGGCGUGGCGCCUUUCGGUGGUUCAGGAUAUACAGUUUUUCGUAAUGUAAAGGAUUUUGGUGCCAAGGGAGAUGGUGUGACAGAUGAUACCGCGGCCAUUACGGCGGCGAUGAACUCCCCAGAUAACCGUUGCUUACAAGGUUGUGCAUCGACCACGAAAACGCCAGCAGUUGUUUACUUCCCAUCCGGAACCUAUCUCAUCUCAUCUUCGAUCGUCCCCCCUUACUUCACGCAGAUGGUCGGCGACCCGAGCAACCGCCCAGUUUUGAAGGCCACCGGCAAUUUUCAAGGGUUUGGUUUGAUUGAUGGAAACCCGUACUAUACCGAAAACUUGAACUGGGUUUCGACAAAUGUGUUCUACCGCCAAGUACGAAACUUUGUCAUUGACACCACCGGAAUUGCGCCAGGGACGGCGGCUACCGGAAUGCAUUGGCCAACUUCGCAAGCGACGAGUUUGAUCAAUAUCGAGUUCAAUAUGCCUACAGAUGCCAGCACGGUUCAUGUUGGAUUAUUCAUUGAGAGCGGCUCUGGUGGUUUCAUGAGUGACUUGACGUUUAAUGGAGGUGCUACUGGCGCAUCCAUGGGUAACCAACAAUACACUAUGAGGAACUUGGUUUUCAACAACUGCAAAACUGCUAUUAUUCAACUUUGGAACUGGGGUUGGACCUACAUCGGCCUUCAGAUUAACAACUGCGGAAAGGGAAUUGAUAUCACCGCUAACGGCACGGAUGGCAUUGCGACGGGCUCUAUUACAGUCAUCGACAGCACAUUCAAGGACACCCCGGUUGGUAUUGCGACUGCCUGGCAAACCGGUGCUAAGCCCGACACUGCUGGAAGCGUCAUCAUCGAGAAUUUGGCUCUCCAGAAUGUCCCUGUGGCAAUUCAGGGCCCAAGCGGCACGGUGCUAGAAGGUGGCUCCACGACGAUUGCUGGAUGGGGUCAAGGCCACCAAUACUCGCCGGAUGGACCUACGACCUUCGCAGGAAAUAUCGACGGUAACAACAGGCCCAACGCUCUCCUUGGCGACAAUGGUUACUAUUCUCGAUCUAAGCCGCAGUACGCGGACCUUGCUGCGUCUGAUUUCGUAAGCGCCCGCGAUUCUGGAGCCAAGGGUGACGCCACAACCGAUGAUACCGCGGCUCUCCAAAAUGCUAUCAACACUGCUGCCUCCGGCGGAAAGGUUCUCUUCCUUGAUUACGGUCUCUACAAAGUCACAUCGACUCUGAGCAUCCCAGCAGGCGCCAAGAUCAUCGGAGAAGGCUUCCCUAUCAUCAUGGCUAGUGGCAGCACCUUUAGCGAUAUGAGCAACCCGAAGCCCCUCUUACAAGUCGGAGCCAAGUCUGGUGACGCUGGACAGGUUGAGUUCACGGAUUUCGUCGUGGGAACUCAGGGCCCUGCCCCGGGCGCCAUCCUCAUCGAGUGGAACCUCGCCACACAGGGUACCCCCAGCGGAAUGUGGGAUGUUCACGCAAGAGUUGGAGGAUUCCAAGGGUCACAAUUCACUGUCUCUGAGUGCCCCAAGCAGCCGGGAACUGGCAACAUCGACUCCAAGUGCAUCGGCGCGUACAUGAUGAUGCACGUCACGCCCCAGGCAACCAACUUGUACAUGGAGAACACUUGGCUAUGGGCUGCGGAUCACGAUAUUGAAGACCCUACCAACACUCAGAUUACUGUCUACUCUGGCAGAGGUCUUUACAUCGAAUCCACCGUCGGUACCUUCUGGCUUGUUGGCACCGCAGUUGAGCACAACCACCUGUACAACUACCAAUUUGCCAACACCAAGAACAUCUUCGCCAGCAUGCUUCAAACCGAGACACCAUACUACCAGCCAACACCAGAUGCCACCAAGCCAUUCCCCGUCGUCACAGCCCUGAAAGACCCCGACUUCGCCUCGGCGUGCUCUGGUGUCUCAGGAAACUGCGCUAACUCAUGGGGCCUGCGCAUCAUCGACUCCACAGAUGUCUUCAUCUAUGGCGCCGGGCAUUACUCCUUCUUCAACGACUACAGCACUGACUGCUCCACAGUCGAAGCAGGCGAGAACUGCCAAGCACGCAUCGUGUCGCUCGAGGGCUCCGUAAGCAACGUCAACGUCUACGCGCUCAACACGAUAGGAUCGUUGAGCAUGAUCGACCAGGACGGCAAGAGCCUCGCCAAGUGGCAAGACAACGUCAACGUCUUCCCCGCCAACAUCAUGCUGUUCAGGACCGGCUAGAGGCCGCCGAGAGCGGACAGGCUGUCAGGAGGGGGUGUUUCGCGGUUUGGCGGGUCCCCAAUACUAUUACCGCUAGGGUUUAGGGGCUCGGGAAGGGAAAGGGAAAGGGGGGUUCAUGAUGACGCGGACGAAUAUGAUGGGAAUUUGGGGCAUGAUGAUAUUGGGGGUUAUGUUUGGGGGGGCGGACACGCGCAUAUCAACUUGGUGUACAUGCUUGCACUUUUUUACUUCAGCACAUAUUUAGCUUUCACGUAUAUAGUAGGGGAGAUUGUGCAU